CCUUUAGGCUUAUCUUCCUGGAAGCUACUCACUCAUCACUUUCCACUUCUCAGGACCCAAAAAAAGUUUUCUUUUCUUUUUACAUAUUCUUUGGUAGUAUUUAAGAAGGGGUAUCAAAUAAUGGACACAAAGGUACUUUCUUCUGGAAUCCACUACCCAAAUCUGCCAGAAAGUUACAUCCGACCCGAAUCUGAGCGACCUAGACUCUCCGAAGUGUCGGAGUGCGAGGAUGUUCCAAUCAUCGACUUGGGUUCUCAAGACAGAACCCAGAUUGUGCAACAAAUCGGUGAAGCCUGCAGAUUCUAUGGCUUUUUCCAGGUAAUUAAUCAUGGGGUGGGUCUAGAAGCAAUGAAGGAAAUGGAAGAGGUGGCACAUGGAUUCUUCAAGUUGCCGGUGGAGGAGAAGCUUAAGCUGUACUCCGAGGAUCCAUCGAAGACAAUGAGGUUGUCAACUAGUUUUAAUGUGAACAAAGAAAAGGUUCAUAAUUGGAGGGAUUAUCUUAGGCUUCAUUGCUAUCCAUUGGACAAGUAUGUGCCUGAAUGGCCAUCUAAUCCUCCUUCUUUCAAGGAAAGUGUAACAAAAUACUGCAAAGUGGUUCGGGAAUUGGGGUUGAGAAUACAAGAAUACAUAUCAGAGAGUUUGGGCCUUGAAAAAGAUUACAUAAAGAAUGUUUUGGGGGAACAAGGGCAACACAUGGCUGUGAACUACUAUCCACCAUGCCCAGAGCCAGAACUCACAUAUGGAUUGCCAGGGCACACUGACCCAAAUGCACUCACAAUUCUGCUCCAAGACUUGCAUGUUUCGGGCCUUCAAGUUCUCAAAGAUGGCAAAUGGGUCGCAAUUAGUCCCCAUCCUCAAGCCUUUGUCAUUAACAUAGGUGAUCAACUGCAGGCUUUGAGUAACGGGCUUUAUAAGAGUGUAUGGCACCGUGCUGUUGUCAAUGUUGAUAAGCCAAGACUUUCUGUGGCUUCAUUUCUUUGUCCCAAUGAUGAGGCAUUGAUAAGCCCUGCAAAACCACUCACACAAGAUGGAUCCAAUGUCAUAUACAGAGGAUAUACAUAUGCAGAAUACUACAAGAAGUUCUGGAGCAGGGACUUGGAGCAAGAACAUUGUUUGGAACUUUUCAAGAACAAGUAACCUUUAAGGAGAGAACUAAAAUAAUGAUAAAGAAGGAGGGAGGUAUUGGACAAUAAGCUCAGUGUUAUUGUUAACAUUUUGCUGCUUUUGCCGUUUAAUUGUUAAUCCAUUUGCUUGUUACAAAUUGUAGUUGGUUACAUAACUUUUAUGUCAAAUGCUCAUCAUUUCUGUGUGUUGAUAUAGCUGCAAGACUGGACUGCUUAUUCUUCUGCUUUGUGUGAAGGAAGUCGCAUAAGACCCCACAAGCAAUCAUGUUCUAGUAGCUUUAUGGUAGGAAGACAAAAAAAUGUCAUGUAAUAUUCUUAUGUUGAACCUUCAAAUUUUCUUAAUGCUGCCCAUGCAUGCAUUCUUGGUCCAAGAGAAGUGAGGAAAAAUGUGUUAAGUUUAUGUUAGCUAUUGUGUUUAGAACUGUUGCCACGUUUGCAAUUACCCGUUUUGAAUAUGUCAAAGUCAAUUUCCUAGAUUUUAGGAGUUUAAUAGUUUUCAGUCUUUUCUUUUAGGUUUGUUUAAUCGUGGCCUCGCUAGAAAAUGUGUUGUUAGUGGUUAGUUAUUUUAUUGGCUAUAUAUGUACGUUUUGAAUCAAUUAAAUAAUAUCUUUCUCA